GAAUUACAACCGAACAGACAACAACUGUCAUCACAUCAGAACCGACAACUCCGGAAAUUACAACAGGAGUGACUACACCACAGAUAACUACUGCCAUGACAACACAGCUGACCUCAACUGACUUGACAACAGAAGUUAUGACACCACCAAUAUCUACUGCAAUGACAACAGAACUUGCAACAACUGACAUCACAUCAGAACUGACAACUCCGGACAUUACAAUCAAACUUACAACUCCUGACAUCAUAUCACAACAGACAACUCCUGACAUGACAACAGAAGUGACCUCACCACCAGUAACUACUGCCAUGACAACCACCGAACUGACACCAACUCCUGAUAUUACAACAGAACUGACAACACCAGCAAUAACUACUGGUAUCACAACUGGCAUCACAACAGAUCUGACAAGCAUGGAAAUGACAACAGAAAUGACUGCACCAACAACAACUCCUGACAUUGUGACAGAACUGACAACAACUCCUGACAUCACGACAGAACUGACAACAACAGCAAUAACUCCUGCAAUUAUGACAGCUUCAAAAAUGUCAGAAAUUAUAACAGAAUUGACCACACCAUCAACAACUACUGACAUUACAGCUGGACUGACAACAACUGUCAUGACAUCCAAACUGACAACUCUGGACAUAACUACGGAAAUUACAACAGACUUGACCACACCAUCAACUAAUGACGUGACCACCGAACUGACGUCAACUUCUGGCAUUACAACCAUGAAUACAUCACCAAUAUCAACUGAUUUCACAGUCACAGACAUCACCACAGAACUGAAAACAACAACUAGCAUUUCAACAGAUGUGGCGACAUCGCCAACUUCUGAAAUAACAACAGAGGCUUCAGAGACUACCAGAACAGUUGUUGAAUCAACACCUACAUCUCAAAUCACAGAAGCGCAAACUUCAGAAAUAACAACGCACAAUACAGCAGAGGUGACAUCAGCCACUGACACGAUUGCUACACAAGUCACAUCCUCCUCCUUAACCACUGACCUCAGUACAAAACUGACCUCAUCCCCAACUCCAACAUCACCAGCUACUGACAGCACAAUAGGCAUAACAACAUCACCAGCUACAACAGAUAUGACAGCAGACUUGAUGUCUACUGCCAUAACAACAGAUGUCAAACCAACACCAACAAACGGAAAGACUACAGACAUUACAAAACUCAUCACCACCGGAAUUACAGACUUAACAACCCCUGCCACUGAAGUCACAACGGAUAUAACGACACAAACCACUGAAGUAACAGAGCUGACAACCCAACUGACAACACAGACCACUGAAGUAACAGGGCAGACAUCACCAACUCCUGAAACAGCAACAGUCGAAUCAGCAACUACAUUGCAAGUUACAACCGACUACACAACAGAAGUGAUGACAUCUACAGAUGUUCCUAGGACAACAGACCUCACAUCAGCUACUACUGAAGUUCCAACUUCGACCUCUGAAACAACGCCAACCCCUGAAACUGUAACAGAAGUCACCACACCCCUUACAGUCACAGCAGAAGUCACCACACCACUUACACCCACAACAGCUGUUGAAACUGAUAUCACAACUGCCAUAGCAACAACUCCAGAACCAACGUCAGACAUCAUCCCCACAACUGACAGAAAUACAGAAAUAACAACCGAAGCGGCAACUUCUCAAGAGGUCACAACCUCUACUCACAAGAUGCCAACAGCAGUCGAAACAUCAACUGUUGUUCCAACUACUCAUGAACAAUCAUCAUCUCCCAUGGCAGAGAUGGUGACAACAGAGAUGGUGACAUCUACAAGUAUUCAUAAAACAACAGAUGUCAUAACAUCAUCAGGACCGGAAUUUACUACGGCAGUUGCAGAAAACACUGAAAACAUUACAGUUGCCGUAACGACAACUCAUCCAAUGACAACAGGGACCACUGCGGGUCAUCCAAUGACAUCAGAGAUCACAAGUCAUUCAGUAACGUCGGAGAUCACAUCCACCCCUCCAACGACCACAGACGACAUAACAUUGAUCACAUCAUCCACUCCUGAUGCCACACCAUUGAUAACAUCACUGAGUCCUGACACAACAACAGAGGUCUCAACAACUGACAUUAUCACAAGGUCCACAGAAACCUCUGCUGCUGGUAUAACCACACAGUCCACAGAAACAACACAGUCUGGACUCACCACAGCAAGCGCUGAAACCAUUACCUCGACCACAGAAACAUCAACACAGACACCGACAUCCACUCAUACCACAACGGACAUCACAUCAGUCACAUCAGCUAUAGACACAACAACUACAGCUAAAUCUGCUUCUGACAUGACAAUCAACACAAAAACUUUGCCCAACACAACAUCUGCAGCUACGCCUCACACCACAAGAAAGACCACCGUGACGUCAAGACCUCCGACAAUGACAACCAAUGUUACCAUGGCAACGACACCUGAAACGACAACAAGACCAGAUACAGCAGGUACGACACCACCCACAUUCCGCUCAACACAUCUCACAACAUCCACAACCCGCUCACCAGUCUUCACAACACCAGAACCAACAACAACUUUUGCAACAUCAGGCACAGUACCAUACACAGAUACCUCAACAGUCUCCACAACACCUCUGUCAAAGUCUACACCCUCCUCCACAACAUCCCUCUUGACAUCCGACCCCUCCUCCACAACAUCCCUCUUGACAUCCGACCCCUCCUCCAUAACACAACCAUCAAUAUCAGACCCCUCUACAACAUCCUACUUGAUAUCCAACCCCUCCACAACACCCACCAAUUCCCCAACAGUCUUCACCACACUCCUAUCGACACCAGACCCACCAACAUCAGAAUUAACAUCAGCGGACACAUUAAAUGCAUCGUCCACUUAUUCCCCCUUCAUAGCUUCAUCUUCCUUUCCCACCUCUCCUGUGUCUACACAUUUGAGACCAGAGACGACCGCUUUUUCAUCACCGCCACCUCAACUCACAACAAACACGUCUGCUGUACCAACCCACACUACCAACACAGACUCUGGUAUAACCACAGCUGUUUCCCCUGUCAACACAAUGACUGCUGAUCCCAUCCGCACAAUCAUCACUGACAACACAAUGACUGCUCUUUCUGCCAGCACAAUCACAAUUGACAACACAGAUGCUGGUAUAACAAUCAACACUACCACAGCUGAGACUUUCACCUUCGACUCAGACAACACAACGCCUAGUGUUUCCACCAGCACAAUCACCACAGCCAACACAGACUCUGGUGUUCUUACCAGCAGAGUGUACAUAGCCAACACAGGUACUCCUGCCAUAACAACCAGCACAGUCAACACCAAUACCCCUGCCAUAACAACCACCACAGCCCUACCCAACUCAGCCACAGCCACAAUAACCAGCACAGUCCCAAACAACCCCUCUAACAACACAUCCAGCACAGCCAACAUGCCUACUACUGAAGUCCCAACUUUGACUCCUGAAACAACGUCCACCCCUGGAACUGCAACAGAAGUCACCACACCACUUACAGACACAGCAGAAGUCACCACACCACUUACAGACACAGCAGCUGUUGAAACUGAUAUCACAACUGCUAUGGCAACAACUGCUGAGACAACGCUCAGCCCAUUCCCAAGCAAAACGCCAAACGCCCCUCCCACAGACAACACAACAUCCACAGCAACAAUAUCCAGCAGUUCAUCCGUCCCACCAACUCAGCCCACAACCACCACAAUCGCCACUACGGCUGCAACACGCAGCACAACCCAGACAAGCAAAUCGUCCACCUUCCCAGCAAACAGCACAGCAACACCUGGGACAGCCAGUCCAUCCACGAUCAGCGGCACAACUUCAACCACAACCGUCCCAGUCAACACAACCACACCUGCUACAACCAGCAGCACAGCCCCAAGCAGCACAGCAUCUCCUCUCCCCACAUACACCACAGCCACAGCUGGAACAACUAACACAGUGUCAACGAGCACAGCUACAACCAGCCCAGCCCCAGUCAACACAAGUACAUCUGCCUCAACUACACCUGCUACAACCAGCACAGCACCCGCUCUCCCCACAACCACCACACGCACAGCUGGAACAACUGCAUCUGCUUCAACCAGCAAAGCUCCAACGAUCACAACCCCAGUCAACACAACUGCAUCUUCUACAAGCAGUAGCACAGUCCCAAACAACACUACAUCUCCUACAACCACAACUCCCCCAAGCAGCACAUCAGCCCCUCUUCUUACAACAACCACCCCAACCAGUACUGUGCCAUCCUCACCAUCAGGUAUGUGCAUGUACGUACAUGAGCUUGGGGACUAUUGA